AUGCUUCUGUCUAACCUACUCCCUUUUAUGCUGGCAACAUGCGUUGUUGCUGCUCCAGUCGAAGACAUUCCUGUGGCCCCUCUCGUGACGUUGUAUCGUGAAUUUGGCUGGACGGGGUCUCAGUUUGACGUCCGUGGUCUGGACACUUGCGUCAAAGUCGCCAACCCGCUAUAUGGCCAUGUUCUAUCAGCAAAAUUGUGGCCAGAUUCCCCCGCUUCGAGACUCUGCACUCUCUACUCGUCUAAUAAUUGCGAUGCUGCCACCGCAAUCCUAUACGUAACCACCUCAAACAGCCCGGUCAAUAUCCGCCGCAACACCGACGUCCGAUCGGUCCUCUGCAAGGAUAUGAAGAAGAAGAGAUAGCUGCUUCACCUUGUACAUACAAACUACCGCCCUGUGUAUGUACAAUUGAAGAAAGCAGAUCGAUUUUCGCUGCUAUCAAAGGAUGGGAAUAGGGGGGGUGGAAAGGAAGCGAUUGUGCAUUGAGAUAUUAUACACACCUCCUGAAAUGACGGGAGACUUACGAC